AUCCAACAGAGACAUUUGAUUCACAUGGAUAACAUCUAAAGACUGUAUACGAAAACCUAGGAAUCCAGGAUGUAAUAUUAACAAAAUACCAGCCAAUGCAAACUUACGCUCCUGGAAAAUGGGGAGACCCUGGGUCACAGCACGUUACAAAGAUCAACAACUUUCUUCCUGGUUGAAGUUCACUGUUCCUUUGUGGGAACACACAGAUUCAGCUCCCAAGAAACAGACCUGAGACGAAAUGGCAUGGUUAUUGACUGGGGUGCUGUUGGUGUUAGUCACUGGGACACUCACUGAUGCCGAAUGCCAUUGUGACCAAGCGACUGCCUGUUCCCUGUUCCCGUCUACACCCUGUAGCCAGGUCGGUAGUCCAGACAGAUGUCAACAGGGAUGGUUUGGUUCCUACUGCCAGAGACAAAAUAUUGCUUUAGGAAGAAGUGCCAACCAGAGCAGUACAUACGUUGAAAACAACUACCUGACAGGGUAUACACAACACUAUUUCGAGGCUAAAUAUGCUGUAGAUGGCAGAACUACCAACAUCUUCUAUAGUAAACCACUGACAUGUACGCAUACAAACUGGGGAGUCCACACAUGGACUGUGUACCUGAACACCUCUAACACAGACAAGAUACAACGCAUCAGGCUGUAUCUACGUAAUGACCAACUACAAAGAAACAAGGGCAUGAAGAUAUUCGUCGAUGGACAUCUGUGCGCUCAGUGGUCAACGAAUACCCAACCGGCUGCUACAGCUGACGUUAGAUGUCAACAACCACUGACAGGAAACACACUCACCAUACAGACAAGCGAUUUCCUCACGCUAUGCGAGGUGCAGAUAUUUGUUUGCAGUGACGGUUGGUUUGAUGAGGAUUGUGACAAUCAGUGUCACUGUUCACAAAACACAGAAGUGUGUGACAAGAUCACUGGACAGUGUCUGAGUGGAUGUGCUCCAGGAUACAUGGGAAUCAAUUGUCAAUCAGUAUGCCGAGACGGUUACUAUGGAAAUUGCACCUCCAAGUGUGGCAGCUGUCGCAAUCAUGCCUACUGUAACAAGGCCACAGGCUACUGUCCUGGAGGUUGUGCAGCAGGCUGGUCAACUGACACCUGUCUUCAACCGUGUUUGGAUGGACGGUAUGGUAUCAACUGUGCCUCCCAGUGUGGAAACUGUCUUAAUGGUCAGGCAUGUAACAAGUCAACAGGAAUAUGCCCAAAAGGAUGUGCUGCAGGAUGGAUGAACAACACCUGUGUUCAACCAUGUCCAAGUGGUUCAUAUGGUCCAGACUGUGGCGUCCAGUGUGGCAACUGUCUGGAUGGCGAUGUUUGCAUCAAGACAAAUGGAACAUGUCCUGGAGGAUGUGCAGCAGGGUGGAUCACUGACAGGUGUAAUCAAGCAUGUGCAGAUGGUGUUUAUGGUAUUGACUGCACGUCCAAGUGUGGAAACUGUCUAAAUGGUGAUGCGUGUGACAAGUCAACAGGAACAUGCCCUAGAGGAUGUGGAGCAGGGCGGAUGAAUACCACGUGUCAUAACGUGUGUGACGACGGGAGGUAUGGCAGUGGAUGUGUGUCAGAAUGUGGUCACUGCAAGAGUGGUACAGUAUGUGACAAAACGAACGGAACCUGCGGGAACGGAUGUGAUGGAGGAUAUUCAGGUCUUCGUUGCGCGCGUCUGUCGAAUACUGCUGGAAAGGACGACUCUAUGGCUGGAAUAAUUGGAGGGGCAGUUGCAGCUCUGUUGGUCAUCGCUAUCGUCGUAAUCGUCGCAGUUGUUAUCUACAGGCGGCCAAAAGGACCAAAACAUGACGACGAGAGAUUGCAGUCUAACCAAGACAUGAUUGUAGUUAAAACCAUAACUGACAACGCAGCUGGAAAGAAAUCAAAAUCAACACCAGCGGCCCGCGACGAUGAGGACGAAGAUGCCACACUAUCUGUUGAAGCUGAAGUAGGCGGAGACAACGAGGCUGCCGCCACCUACUACAACUUUGUACCACCUCACAUGACGCUGGAGAAACUGCAACAGUGUAUAAGUGAGAAGAAAACUAAGGCCACUUUUGCAACAGAAUUUCAGGCCAUCCCAUAUGGAGCAAAACACCCACACGACGUCGGCAAGCAGCCAGAAAACAAGAAGAAGAACCGCUUCCUUGCUCUGUAUCCAUAUGAUGAAUCGAGGGUAGUGUUGGCAGAUGGAGAGGAGUACAUCAAUGCUAAUUACAUCACUGGGUAUGAUGAUACUCAGAAGUACAUUGCAACACAAGGACCCAAACCGGUGACAAUCACUGACUUCUGGCGGAUGGUGUGGCAGGAGGACGUCACACAGAUAGUCAUGCUGACCAGGCUCAUGGAGAUGAACAAGAAAAAAAGUGAAAAAUACUGGCCCGAUGCGAACAAGACCGAAAACUACGAAAACGUGAAGGUUUAUGGCAAGAAUGUGUUAACAAGAGCUGAUUACACUCUCUCAACUUUUGUGGUACAAAGCUCCGGUAUCGAGAGAACUGUUACGCACUACCACUUCACAUCCUGGCCUGACCAUGGUGUUCCUUCUGCCCCUGCCCUCGUCAACUUCUGGAGACUGGUCAAACAGGGGGACAUGGCCAGGGGGCCCAUGGUGGUUCACUGCAGCGCUGGUGUAGGCCGAACAGGGGCGUUCAUUUCCCUGGACUACCUGAUGGAUGAAGCUGCGAGUGAUAACAGAGUCAACGUGUACAUGUGUGUAGGCAAGAUGCGAUUGAACAGGAUGAACAUGGUCCAGACGGAGAGUCAGUACAAGUUUGUCCAUGAUGUUGUCCUGGAGGCGCUACACAGUCGGGGCACGAUGUACACGUUCUCAGAAUUCGACAAAACGUUCGGCCUCGGAGACACCUUUACGGCUCAACAGCAGGCUAUGCUGAAGAAACAAUUCAAGCUACUCAGAGGACUAUCAUCAAACCUUACAGAAGAGACAACGUCACAUGCGCUUCUUCCAGAAAACUCUGACAAAAACAGGAGUUUAGAUAUCCUUCCUGGAAAUAAAUCAAGGCCGUAUCUAUGUACACCUGUCCAGACACGAAAUGACUACAUCAAUGGAGUAUUUUUACCAUCUACCCUACAUCUAUCAAGCGUGAUCGUCACCCAGACUCCCAUGCCAGACACUGUGGUGGACUUCUGGAGACUUGUGUAUGACCAUGACUGCUUCACCAUUGUCUGUCUGGAUGAAGCACAGGAAACCAUUGGAAUGUACCCUGAAGAAAACAAAGCGCUGAAAACAGAGCCGUUCACUAUUGCGCAAGUGGAAGCGAAUUCAAACAGAGAAAUAUACAUAGAGAAGAAGUUAACGCUUGCACAUGACAAGGAGAACAGCGAGAAAUCAGUCAGUUUGUUCUGCCUCCCAUCACUGGACAUGCUGACCGACACUGCUACCCUUCUGGGGCUGGUCAACAGAGUGGACAGGAUCAUCAGCUCUGCUGACCACAAGGUUCUGGUGCACUGCCAUGACGGUGCCGGAGCGAGUGGUGUGUUCUGUAGUGUCCUGAACAUCAUCACCAGACUGAGAUUAGACAGAACAGUGGACAUCUUCCUCACCAUUCGAGAACUACAGCGCGUCAGACCCCAGUUCAUACACACCCUUGAUCAGUUCAAGUUGUGUUACGACAUUGUGAAGGAAUAUAACCGUGCUUCCAACGUCUAUGCCAAUCUGUGAUAUAGAGGCAGAGCAACAAACGUUCAACAACCCACCUGGACCGGAUAGUGGCUGAACAGACUGACCCAUGCUACUUUAACACAUUGUCAUGUUUUCCAUGUGAAGGCUUUUAUCCAAAACAGAACAGAACAGCUUAUGUCUAACUUUAGCUUUCGUAUAUAAAAAAGUACUUUCCCCAUUAAUAACUUAA